AUGAAUGGGUUCAGAAAUCUCAAAAUCUCUGAAAUUUUUGUUGAUCAUCGAUCGCCUCGAAUAUCUCGGCAGAAAGCAGUCAAGCGACAUGCGUCGGCAGUCCAGCUCCCCGUCAAGCGAUCUUUCGCAGUGGAUGAAACGCAAGUUGUGGAAUCCGUCGUACCGGGUAACGAACCCGGUCCGAGCAGGCUAAAGCCAACGAGACCGCCGAUGGAAAGCUCAACUGAACCUCCCGUCCCUGCCCACCCAUACUCUCGGUCUCAUGUUCGGAGAGAAAAACGAAAGGCGAAACAACAAUUAGCAGGAGGCCAGCUACACGAUAUGGCUGUCGCUCUAUCGCAGUCGCUGGGUGAGACUGAGCCAGAGUCCAAAGCUAGAGUGAGGACGAAGGAAGAGAAAGAAAAAGAGCGGCAGAGGCGCGAACAAGAACAGAAAGUUGGAGCUGUAGGCAAGAGCAGGACGUUGAAAGAGAGGAAGAGACGGAAGGAAAUCACGACUGAGGCGAGAAGACUUCCUGCAGUGGUCAACCUCCCUGUGUUCAAGCAGAAUCCGUGGGAAACAAUCCGAAUACACGCUACCAAUACGAUAGCGUUGAAGGACAAGAUCUAG